CCCCAGCCUGUACCUACAUUCCGUCUAUCGUCUCUCAACGGCAUAACACCUGUUUGACUUGUUAAAAUAUUCUGUGAACGAACUGCGGUUUGUUAUUUCGUUUUAUGUUGCUUUUUACAAUCAAAAGUUAUACUAUAAUAGUGAAAUCGAUUAAAUUGGAUAAGAAUUAUCAUCACGGCUUUUGAAUUAUAUAAUAUAAUAAAUUUCAGACAUUGUUAUUAUGUCAUCUUCUUCGUCUUCGCAGACGUUCCAAUCGGAUGAACAGCAGGCUACAACUGACGCCGAUAACUCCGAUAACCAUGAAAGUUUUUACAACGGCAGAAGUGAGUCAUGCCCGGAUGAUUUAAUCCGAGACCCUGAGGCUCAUAAAAUAAUAUGGAAUAGAGGUAUCAGGGAUGGCUUAUACAUGCGGACGUCAAUUCCACAUGAAUUAAUGUCCGUGGAUACAUCGAAUGAAACAGUAGAAAAUGUGGCAAUGACGAAUGUGACCAAUUUUGCAGUUAUUGUUGAUUUGGCACGCACGUCAUCGUCAAUUGCAAUGAAUGCAGCUAGGUUGGCAACCGAAUUAACAAAUGUUUCCACUGAUGUCGACGCCACCGAGUUGAUGGUGAAUGUUGCGUUAGACGCCGCGGAGGCAACAAAGACUUUCGCCAACGUGGCCCGGUCCAUAUCGCGUAGAAGCAGACGUUCACAUGAUGACCAUGGGUUGCAUGGCUAGAUGUUUGCGUGAUUUUGAAGUCAUGAUGCAUCAUACAAUCAUUAUAUAUUAUACAUUAUCUGUAUACUACUACUGUUAUCGUAUUAUACUGCAGUUUAAUUGUAAUAUGAUUUAUAUUAAUCUGACUUCAAAAUUAAAGUAAUUUUCUAUACUA